CUUACAUCAGAAAACACUAUAUAGUUCUAUAUUGUUUUUUUUCUGGCAUACAUAAAGUAAUGCGUUGAUUUGCUAUAGAAAGAGCGUUGUAUAAAUUGAUCAUUGCUUGGCUAAAGUCUUGAAUGGGUUAUCAUGGCGCUGUGACGUCAUUUGGAAAUUUACAACCGAACUUCCGGGUAGUGUGGGAAGUGAAUCGGUCAUUAUACAAACUUACUUUUGAGGUUUAUUUUAAGCCUACGCUACCACAUGUGUGAUAAGGCUGAAUAGGAAACAAUAUAAUAUCGUAUUUGACUUUAAUGGCAAAUUCCACAGCAGGUAGAUUGAUAAGUCAAAAGCGAGCGUGAAAUGUCGAAUUUUUGGAAGUGUAUAAGCCAACGUGGUAUCAGUUCUAUACUGUAACUCAAUAUCCCCGCAAAUUGGUGCCCGUGACGUCUUGGGUGAUAGUGCAAUGCGAAAUGCGCAAAUGUGGCUUUAAAUCCGGGCAACGCUCAAUAUAUGCUGCACUGUGAUUGUGUGGUCUUAUGAGAGGAGUGUUUAGCGAUAAGCAGAACUCUGUUUGGGGUUCACAAGCACACAGCUUUGAAAGAUGAACUGUGCAAUUGACGUAACUGUUCAAAUAUAUUUAUUUCAGACAUUUGAUAACGUUAGGAAAAUAUCUGCCUACAAUUAUGGAUUAUUAAGGCUGUUGUAGGUGCACUUAGAAGUUUUGCUGCGGAAUAUGCUUCUACAUUGUUGGACAUAAUGUCAAAUCUAAGCUUCUGUCCCGAAGACGGGAAUACCACGUCUGCUGAAGGCGACGCUAUGCUCACAACAGCAUUGAUAGCAGCUCUAACGUCUUUGCUUAGUCUUUUAAUUGUGGUCGGGAAUGGCCUCAUUAUCGUGUCCGUGGCGUUGGUGAAGAAAUUGAGACAACCAGCGAACUACCUCAUUGUAUCUCUUGCUCUGUCUGACUUCUUAGUUGGACUAGUGGUGCUACCACUGACCAUUGUAUAUGACAUUAUGGGGGAAUGGGUCUUCGGCCCCAAUGUGUGUGACGUUCACGUGAGCUUUGACGUCAUUUGCUGCACAGCAAGCAUAAUGAACCUCUGCAUGAUAAGCAUUGACAGGUACCUCAUGAUCACGCAACCGAUGACGUAUCCAAAGAGAAGAACUGGAAAAUUGAUGUUACUGCUAAUUGCAACAGCGUGGGUUCUUUCAUGCCUAGUUAUAAUUCCAGCUUUGUUCGGGUUUACAAAGAACGUAAAAGACGAAGCGGACUGGCUACCACUGAACAACGAUUCCUUAGUGGGGAAUGAGACAUUUGCAUUAGCUGGUGCUAGAAAUCCCUAUUUGGCGAUCGACGGCAACGGAACAACGCAGUGGGUGCCUGGCAAUAACGAGUUAUCGGAGUGGCAUUUCACUGUUGACCUUGGAGUCAUACACCAACUGGACAUUGUUUCGAUAGAAAACGCCAAAGGUUCGAAGCAACAUGAUCUACAGUACAGUCUGCUGACUAGCCCGUGUAGGGAGUCAACUGCUUGGACGUCAAAAGCUACGUUUGCUGUCGAAUCAGGACCAAGCAGACAAGAAACAAGGUUGCCAACAGAAGUAGAGGCACGAUAUCUAAGAUUCGCCAUCAAUCAAACUGCAGGCUACGAAAACCCUAUGUUGGGGGAAUUUCAAGUUUUUGGGAUCAAAAAAUACGGUAAAGCUUGCCUGAUAAGCCAAGAACGUUGGUUUACCAUUUAUUCGACCCUUGGUGCUUUCUAUCUCCCUCUAGCGGUCAUGCUUUGCAUGUAUUGGAAAAUUUAUCUUGAGGCUUCAAGGUUCAAUGCGCGCCAUAGACUACGGUCAUACAGCACUACAGGAUCCCAGGAAUGGAGUGGAGGGAGUCCACCAAGCACACCGGAUGUAACCAACAAUCGGCGCCACGAACAAUUUUACGAACGAAAGCGUACAUACUCGUCCAACAACAAUUACACGAAUGAUAAGUUUCAUUCUACAAAGUCAGAAGGCUACGUCACAGAUUCAAGCGAAGUCUUGUUGGCGAAUACCGCUGUAACACCGAUUGUAGUAACCGAUUUAGAUCUCGAUAAAGCAAAAGAUAGCGUAUUUGAAGACGAUACGGUGUCUUCUUCGGGCGACGAGUUUUUACCCAGCGACAGACUGGAGAAAGUUGAGCCUAAAACAAACGGCAAUGGUGUCGUUUUAAACGGACAUGUGAUAGCGAAGAUUGCAAUUGAAAACGACAGGAAAACGAACUCGCUGCCGUGUAGGGGCCUUGUACAUCGAAACGGUAGCGCUGUUAGUUUGCCCUGUAAGGACUCUACCAACGGGAAUGCUGUCAAUUUGAUCCGGUCUUCAAGCGGUGUCGUUUGUGGGCUCGGUAUGAAAAACGGGUUUCCCCGCAACGGUACAACACGGCAUAACGGCAUGGAGUGGCGAUUCCCUACUAUAUCUGAAGUCGACAUUUUGACUUCUUUGAAUGAAGAAGGCGAGCAAACGAACAAAGAAACAGAGACCGAAACAAUAAAUGGAAAAAUAAAUGAAGAGUAUCGAGCACGGACGCUUUACACUCGCGCUAGUGCUAACAGUUUGCUUGCGACUGAAAAAACUCCGAAACUGGUUGGGAAACCGAGUCCUCGGUCAAGACUUUUUAUGCUGUAUGGCAAACCAAGGUUACUGAGAGCAACUUCCACGCCUUGUCCAACUACAACGAACAAACCAAACACUCAACAUACUCGGAAAUCGAGUUUUAGGACACUUCGGCAAAACAGCGAAAUAACGUUUCCAUGCAACAGACGGCCGACCGUUUUUAACCAAAUCCGGCGGCGCGUGUCUCUAGCGACAUCUCGUGACCGAAUGAGGAAUGUAAAAGCAACCCGUACGCUCGGGAUCGUGGUCGGCGCUUUCACGUUUUGUUGGUUGCCUUUUUUCAUCGUAACUUUUCUGCGACCGUUUGCGUGUCCCAUACCGGAGUCGCAGGACUGCAUACCAUUAUGGCUGGUAAGAUUUGUGCUGUGGCUUGGUUACCUUAACAGCGCUCUUAAUCCGCUAAUUUACAUCGGGUUUUCCCCUGACCUGAGAGAGACUUUUCGGUUUCUAAUUUGCUGUAAAUGCACGAACGUUGACCGGCGUCUGGCACAGAUUGAGCUCCGCCAGGCGAUAGCAGUAGAGCGCAAAGCGUCCAUGGCGAGCAGAAGCUACGCGCCAGAAAGCAUCGUCUGACGCCACACCACACCUCAAGUAGCUAAUUUAAAUUCCAACUCGCAUCUCCCAACGUAUUGACAUAUAGUAAGUUGGGGCAAGAUGGUACAUGUUUUUAUUCUCAUUUAUUGACCUAUUUGAAAGUAAAUAUGGGACAUUUACAAAGUUAUAUACCCGUAUCCACACUUGCUAAAAUAGCGUUGAUAAUUGUAAAAAAACACCAUAAAAAAAAUAAAACAUUAUGCGCUUACAGUUCCAUCUUAUCCCACAGUACUAUACCACGGCGCCCGGGUACGUUAUUUUGCUGCCGCUGUUAUGUAUUAUGUUUAUACUUCAUGCUUUCCGCCUGUUCCACUUUACUGUUCCCUUUUCUGCCGUAUAGUUUAUUCUGCCAAAUCAGCUUUCAUACAAUACUCCUAAUCGGCUAGAAUAUUACCUUUCCCACUGUGAUGUUACGAACUAUUGGAAUAUUUCGUGGCACCGACAGUAAAAUUUAUUCACCGCAUGGAAUGCACCAAUGCUAAUGCAAUAAUGAAUACACUAUCGACUGUUCUCUACCAAAAACCUGACCCCAAAGCUAGCUUCUGCACAGACACGGCUAAAUUUUGUCCUAUUGCCACAAUUUUCAAGAGACAACGAGAUAUUAAAUUUCCCUUCAUUCGAGUUUGUUGAUUAUUUUCUGGCCGCGGCAAUUUUUGAUUUUUUGCGUUGUUGUUUAUCUUUUUGCGCCAAUUCUUUUACCCGUAAAAAUAAAAUCAAAUAAAUUAUUACAGCUUGGUAAUUUAGGCAUGUUGUAACUGACAGUGCAGUUUGAAAACAAUGCAAAUUAUGCAGAGCGUACUAUACAACGAAAAAUAU